GCCAACCCGAUUAGUUGUCCAGCACUGCACUGUGCACCACCAACCACAGGUGCGCAUACACCACAACGCUAGCUACCCAGCUUGCAGAGCACAGGAAAGGAAGAUGAAGGUGUCGGCGGUGGUGGCGGUGGUGGUGCUGUGCGCGGCGGCGGCACUGCUGGCGCCCGCGGCCGAGGGCAGCACCAGAAAGCUGAAGGUGGGGUACUACGAGAAGACCUGCCGCGGCGUGGAGAACGUCGUCAAGUACCACGUCGCCAAGGCCAUCAAGGCCAACCGCCGGAGCGGCGCCGCCCUCGUCCGCCUCAUCUUCCACGACUGCUUCGUCAGGGGCUGCGACGGCUCGGUGCUGCUGGAUCCAACCCCGGCGAACCCGCACACGGAGAAGACGGCGCCGAUCAACAUUGGGCUGGCGGCGUUCGACGUGAUCGACGAGAUCAAGGCGGCGGUGGAGGAUCGGUGCCCGGGCACCGUGUCCUGCUCGGACAUCGUGGUGUACGCGGCCCGGGACGCGUCGAGCAUCCUGAGCAACGGCCACGUGCACUUCGAGCCCCCCGCGGGCCGGCUCGACGGCGUGGCCUCCCACGCCGCCGAGGCGCAGCGCGACCUCCCCGACUCGACCUUCACCGUGCAGGAGCUGAUCCGCAACUUCCGGCGCAAGAACUUCACGAUCGAGGAGCUGGUGAUCCUGUCCGGCGCGCACGCCAUCGGGGUGGGCCACUGCUCGUCGCUCCGCGCGCGGCUGACGGCGCCCGCGGACCAGAUCGUGCCGGCGUACCGGAACCUCCUGGCGGGGAAGUGUGCGGCGGGGCCCAACCCCGUGGUGCCGAACAACGUGCGGGACGAGAACCCGGCGGCGGUGGCGGCGGCGUUCCCGUCGUUCCUGAAGAAGCUGCGGAAGGUCAACGACUUCCUGGACAACAGCUACUACCACAACAACCUGGCGCGGAUUGUGACGUUCAACUCGGACUGGCAGCUGCUGACGGAGAAGGAGUCGCUCGGGCACGUGAAGGAGUACGCGGAGAACGGGACGCUGUGGGACGAAGACUUCUCCGACGCGCUCGUCAAGCUCAGCAAGCUGCCCAUGCCGCAUGGCAGCCAGGGGCAGAUCAGGAAGCACUGCCGCUUCGUCAACUACUAGCCGGCGGCCGGCCGGCCGGCCGGCUGGCUAUAUCCGCUAUCUAUCCAUAAUCCAUUCAUCCAUCGGUUCAUUUGUUGUUGCUUUUGUUGUUAAUCUGUCGUUCCAUUUGUUAUGUGAGUGAUUAUUUGUUAUAUCUUGUGUGGACAAAGCAUAAAGUGGACAUGAUGAUGCAUGUAGCCAUGUACACAUGAGGUCUUGUCAGGGUAGGUGUUCAAUUGUGAUGUUUAGCAUAUACUACCUUGCGUUCUUUUUUACUUAUCAUUUAUUUUUACUUGUUAUUUAGGA